UUCAGUCCAAUCCUACCAAAUAUGUAAUGAUCCAUCACCAAGUAAAUACUUUAACGAAUUUGAAUGUGCUACAACAACAUGGUUUGUUUACGGGGGAAGUACAGAAUGCGAUGGUUGUUGUAUCACACGCAACAUGACAAUUUUGGAACCUGGAAGAAUUCUUGUACAAGAUACUACAACCAUAAAUGGAAUAACUACUCCUAAAAUAUACGAAAUUAAGCGAUAUGGAACGCAACCUAUUUUUUUCUCUGAUAAUGACCCAAAUCCUUUUGUAUUGAUUGAUACAGAUUGUAAGAAAUACUGCGUAAUUUACGAUUACAAGAAUGGUGAUGUACAGACGUUCACUGAUAAAGCACAACAAAAGCCUAAUUUUCAAAGUGGUUUGUAUGGUGUACAAAAAUGUGGUAUUGAAAUGUUCGAUUAUAAUCCUAAAGAAGCUUGUAAAGGUGUAGAAACUUAUCAGUAAAAUGUGUGUAUAUUGAUUUAUAUACGUUAUAUACUGUAUAUGUACUUAAAAAGCGAUUGUAAAGGAACUUGAUUUAAUGAAUAAUAUGUAAUAAUGUAGUACAACAAUUUAUAUAGUCGUAUAAUAUAUAACAAUAUAUGGUGGUUUCUUUUC